AUGUCUGCGGCGCCCUCGAUAAUGACGGCGGUCGCCGCUCUGCCCUUGGAGGCCGAUUCAUCAGCGCUGUCGCGCGCCGCCAGCUACAACAACCUACCCGACCUACCUGCGACCGAGCCUGGCUCGCCGGGCCUACGACGCACUUUUUCCGAUCAAACGUUUCCCUCCAACCCGGAGGCGCCCUCGCCGUCGAAGGAGACUGUCGCCGCGGGCAAGGACAUCCUCCGGCGGACCUCUUUGCGGGCCAAGAACAAGACGGCGACCGUCGCCGUCUCCCACUUCACCCUCUCCUCCGCCGAAGAUGUGAGCACCAUGGCUAGCGGGUCAUCCCCCGAUCAACCUGCCAACGCGAUCCCAGAAACCAGGGCCCCCGAGCCCGUUGCCCGCCCGACCAAGGCCCGGUCCAUGUCCGGUCGCUUAGCACAUCUAGCCCGGAAGCCCUGGAUCUCUAGCUCCUCAUCCAGGUCGCCCUCCCCCUCGGCCAAGAUCACUAAACGGAGACCCUUCUCCGGAGACGAUCAAUCGCCCACUCGACUCCAGACGCAGUUUCUCGAAAACCCCGUCGAACCGGCCGACGGCACGGACGAAUCGCCUACCCCGGCCCGCAAGCGAACGAUCCUUUACAAACGGCCGCGCCGACCGACACUGGCUGUCAUUGCCCAAGAGAGCAACCCCAGCACUCCUAACAGUCCGACCACAUCCAAUAAUCUGCGGACCAAAAACUCUCUCGAGCGUUUCACCGCCUCGCUCAAUGUCAGUACCCCAGUCCUGCCUCCCAUGCCCAAGGCGGCAGCUGCCACGGCAGCCGCUUUCGCCGGGGGGAUCGAUCCCGUGCGGAAAAAGGACGAGCUCUGGGGGGUGUUUCGAGGUCUCGAGGCCGAUUACCAAAAAUUUCAGACAAAAUCAAGUGCUCUCAAGGCCAAUGUCAUUCGAUCCUCCCUCCUCCCUUUCCUAAGCCGUCAUCAACUCCAUACCUCCUGCAAAUCUCUUAGGCCCGAAGACCUCGACCGUCGAGUGAACAUUCUGAACAAAUGGUGGACCGGGCUGUUGGAGAUGCUGAAUGGCAAGAACAAUCAGUCAAUCUCUGGCACUGACCGGCCGGUCUACCUGGAAGCCGUCGUGGGCAUCAUGACUCGACCGGAGUGGAGGAUCCCAUUUCCUGCCGCUCAGUCGGCAACACAGUCCAACGGUAGCAUGUCCAAUCCGCUCGACCAUACCUCGACCUCGGUCUCCGAGACAUCGGAGGGUUCCUCCGGCUCGGAAUUUCUCAUCGAGUCCAUCCAUCACAAUAUCCGGAACCUGUUCGUCCAGAAUCUGCUGUCGCAGAUGGCCUUUGUGGUGGAACGGAUGUCUAUGCGACACGCGCCAGCCAGCUUGGUAGCCUUCUGCGGGAAAGCAUGCGCAUACGCGUUCUUCUUCUGCCCCGGGGUGGCCGACAUCCUUGUGCGUCUGUGGAAUACGCCAGCAGACAUCUUCCGGCGAAUCCUGUCCGAGUCGGAGGUGCAUAAAAGUAUCAACGCCCGGUCAUUUGCCCAGGAGCUGGCCUUCAACUUUCCCCCGGCAUUGCGCACCCUCUCCUUCCAUUCACACGCCAGUCUAGUCCGCUAUCUGCGCCGGAAACCAGAUGUACCACUGAAUGCCUCGCAGAUCCCCUGGCAAAGCCCCUGGGUAUCGAGGUGGUCGGGUCGUGACACGGACCUCUUCUUCGUUUUCGUCAAGUACAUCCAUAUUCUUUUCGCCGACGCGAUCCCUCCCAGCACUGAAAAAUCGCACCGGAUUCUGGCUCCCGGUCUCCUGCCCGUUCAUAGCCAGCUUCUGGUCGUGCUAGAGGAUACGCUGUACAAGCAGUCGGCAGCCUCACCCUCCGCGGCAGCUUCUGCAGAGAAUUCAUCGCACUCGGUCGCAGCCAUCACUUUCGACGACUUCAUCGAGGGUGCCGAUGCAUCGGUCUCAGCCCUGCCUCUGGGUACAGCCAACAGCCACCGCUCCAUGGCGGAGAACCGACUUGUCAUCCUACUCCGGGAUUUCCUCUCUGAGUCCUCGGUCGAGCCCAACCGCGCACGUUUGUUCUAUGCCGAGUCGUUUUGCAGCGUGAUGAAGGCCGGCGCCCGCAAAACCUCCCUCUUCGACCAUAAUGCCUGCUUCCUCCUAUGUGAUUUCAUCGAGGAAGUCAUCCCCAUCCUCACGCGGUACGCCCAGUCAAUCGAAUCAGAGCUCUUUGAUUGGAAGUUCUGGCUAGUAGUCUGCCGGCAGAUGAUGCAGAGCCACAACUCCCUCACGGAGAUCCGGGUCUUUUCCUUCCUCUUUGGCAUCUGGAACACCUGGGUGGCCACCGAGGAACGCAAGGGCGACGUCUGUCUGGGCGUCCUCCUCGAUGAGCCCUUUUUCUAUCACUACUUUAACCACUGGAGUCCGAUGGUACGGGCUUACUUCCAUCGUCUCUUGUGCUGGCGAGUCGCUCGGUUCAAUGGCGAGCCAACGCCACUUGACACAACCAUCUAUGAAACACUCUCAAACCGUCUCCAGUGUACUUGGGCGUAUUACCUUGCCUUUCAAUCCAAAGCCGGGACCGAGAUGACCGCUCCUCUCUCCUCCGCCCCCUGCACCCCUGCUCCCGGUCGCCGGAUCAUCAUCAUUCGCUGUGAUAACCACCUUCCACCCAAUAAUCUCUUUGUCUCGUUCGAUCGCGUUGUUCCCCCAGGAUCGACUGGCCAGCCACUGGCCGCGAAGAUCAACAGUACUGCCGAUCUGCCAUCGUCGGAAAGCCAACCAUCGUCGCAGAAACGCCGGUGGGGACUUCUCAAGUCCAUGUUCGGAGCGGCCAAGUCUGGAGAGUCCGCCGUGGACGAGCCCGAGACGAAGACUCUUGACCAGACCGUCACGUCAGACCGGUGCUCGGACGGACACGCCCGAUCCCAUAACGGGUCGCUCGAGCAUCUCCGGCCCAAGACGCCGCACCAGCCGUUCUCCUUCCGGUUCUCCCUGGAAUGGAUGGAUCGGCCGCAGUGGCCCAGCAAAAACAAACGUCUCUAUACGCCCUCCCUCCCUGUGGCGGCGCAACUACACGUCCAGCUUCGGUCUCGGCCUCGAUCCUCGGAGACCUCGACAGAGAAAUGCAUCAAGAAACCGACAGAAAAUGUCGAAAACGAGGCAUCCAAGAAUGGAGACGACGACAAGGUCACAGCAACAGAGGUAUCCGCCACCCCUCCUCCCACCGACUCGUCCGUCAGCCUCCCCGAGCUGGCUGUCCCCUUCCCCACGAACCCUCUCGUGGCCAGCAAAUACGCCGGCCGCGCCCUCGCGGAAUGGGCCCAGAUCGUCGCAGAAUGCGACUGCUUCUUCGCGCGUCGCCGCGACGAAGGCGUCCCCUCCGAUCGAAUGGUCGAGACGCCAAUCCUAGGCGUAGAAAGUUUCAGAAAGUAA